AGAAUAUAAAAAAAAAACGGAAAGUAUAAGAGUUUCGAGAACUUGACUCUGAUUCUUUAAAAAGCUUUUAUAGGUACGAAGUGGCUGUUUUUAUAUGCAGAUAGCACGGAUGUACGGAUGAUAGUUAUCUUAUUGCUUAAGAUCAUAUAGGUUAAUUAUAUUACAUGGGAGUUAGUGUACAUUCUGGAAAAGCACACGGCAUUGUUAUUGAUUUCCAAAUGAUUAAUCAUUCAUGUAAAGUUACCUCCAGCUGCAUACGGCUGUUGGCUUUAACAGGUGUCUAUUGAGUAUAAAUAAAUCUAUGGAUGUUUGUUUAUGCAUAUAUGACUGAGGAGGAAUUAAUUAUAAAAAAAAGAAGCUAAUUGCUACAGCAUAUUGCUCUGGUUCGCUUCGGAAUUCAUCUUCUUACAUGGCGCAACUGAGUUAUAAUUUUAUGUUUCCUGCUUCCUGGAUGCAUUGAAUACGUUUUUGUUUUAACUGAAUUUACCUUGAACAUUGUUCAGAGCUGUGAUGUAUAUUUUGCGUAUGUUUUAAAAGAUAUUUUAAUUAGAAAAAAAGUUCAAGGAAAUUUGAAGCUAUGUAAACAACAUGGAUUUAUUUGGAUUUUAUGUGACCUAUUAUAAGUAAUUACUUCACAUAUUAGUGGUGUACUGUUUUAAACGUUUUGAAAUUACAUGCACGUUGCACGAGAAUCUGGAUGUUUCGAAUGAUCCUUUAUCGUCUUUUCCCGCCGUUACGGAAACAUUUGCUUCUUACGAAAGAAAACCAUCAUGAUAUCGAUGAUUUGGAGAUGCAGGUGGUCCGGUAUAAACCAGAAGGUCUAGACAUUCUUUGUAAAAAUACAAAAUUUACCAGAAAAGAGUUACAAAUUAUGUACAGGGGAUUCAAGCAGGAAUGUCCUACAGGUAUAGUAAACGAGGAGACAUUCAAAGAAAUCUACGCUCAAUUUUUCCCACAAGGGGAUUCCAGCAUGUAUGCUCAUUAUGUGUUUAUGACAUUUGAUCACGACCGUAACGGCUCGAUCAGUUUUGAGGAGUUUGUUAUGGGCUUAUCAGUACUUGCUAGAGGUAGUUUACCAGAACGAUUACAGUGGGCUUUUAAUUUAUAUGACAUUAACGGCGACGGUAUUAUAACAAAAGAUGAAAUGACUGACAUUGUCGGGGCCAUUUAUGAAAUGAUGGGUCGAUUUACUCAACCAGUUAUAGAGGAAUACAGUGCACGUGAACACGUAGAUAAAGUAUUUUCGAAAAUGGACCUAAAUAAAGACGGUGUGAUAUCAUUCGAAGAAUUUAUGGAUUCUUGUCGGAUGGAUGAAAAUAUUGUUCGCGGAAUGACAUUAUUUGAUACUGUUCUUUAGCAUAAUCACCGGCAACAUGCUUCACCCACAUUCGAUCUUCACGUUGUUCUUUCUCUACACUGUCUACCAGACACCUUUGGGAGCUAUUAACUCCUUGUUUCUUGAACAAUAAACGUUCCAAAUAAGGAUAGUAUACACGUUGUGACAGCUUUAUGAUGUGAGGUUAUUAUCUCUACACAAAGAACUACUUUUCUUUCUGAGGAAAUAUCGGAUGUAAAUUGUCGAAAUUUUAUUAAAAAUAAUCACCCUCUAAGGAUUCUUACGCGGAGCAAGUUUAAUACCGAUAAUUGCAGGUUAUUUAGCAUGGAACUGUACAAUACGAGUGCUUAUUUCUUGAAAAGAGUAUAUCUACACAUGUAAGACGCAAUGGCCUUUUCCAUGUGACUAAAUGUAAUGUUACAUGGAAAAGGUCGUACGCACUCAACUGUCCGAUAUAGAAAGUAAUAUUGGACACUACAGUGUCCAAAAUAGGAAAUUGUACAUUGGACAAGCAUGUGGUGCAUUUUAAAGCAACCAUUUGAUAAAACUAGUUGGUACAAAAUAAUAACUGAUGUAUUUCGAGAUUGGUAUUAUCACGUGUAGUAGUUAUUCCGGGGGAACCUAUUUUAUGGUGGGUUUUUUUUUCUUCAACGGACGGGUUUUUAUUAAAUUCUAUAAUUGACAUCCGUUUUUUUGUUGUCAAAAUAUUGAAGCGUUGAUAAACAUGUAUUGUGCAAUAUUUUGAAACAUUCAUUACUUCUGUUAUAUAUAAAAAAAAGUUAUGCAUGCACCAAAACGACAAUAUAGGUAAAUAAAAACUCAGAACUAGACAAGAGUUCAUCUGUGUAAGGGAAUAAGUAUUAAUGCCACCUUGAUUUUUGUCACCGCAUUAAUAUUACAAUUGAACAGCUAAAUCUAUUAGUUUUGUCUUUUACUGAGAUAGAAGAAAUAUCUUCGCAUUUCUUAUUCAGUUUACAAUCUUUUCUUAACCACUCUGAUAUCAUUUCAGUGUAAAUAUUUCAUUUGAAUUAAUAAUCUUAAAAUGACUGUCAUAAGUUUCCAUGUUUGUUUUUUAUACUGUAUUCCACAUUUCACGACAUAAAAUGUAAAUGUUAUAUAUAAAUUCUUGCAUACCAAUGUCAAUACGUGUUUUUGGUUAUACACUGUCACUUAGUGCUGGAAUACAAACAUUGACAUAUAAACUUAGUGCCAGUAUUUAAUACAAGCAUAUAAACAUAGUAUUAAUGAUAGACACUAGAGUUGGUUUAUAACACUAGUAUCUAAACAUAGUGCGGUAUAUAUCUUAACACUAGUGUUUAAACAUAAUGUUGGUAUGUAACCCAAGUAUUUAAACACAUGUUGGAACAAAACAGUAGUGUUGGUAUAUAACAUUAGUACUUAAAUACAGUGUUGAUGUAUAACACUAACGUUUAAAUAUAGUGAUGGUAUAUGAUACACGUAUUUAAACAUAGUGCUGGUAUUAAACACUAGAAUUUAAACAUAGUGCUGGAAUUCAACACUAUAAUUUAAACAUAGUGCUGGUUUAUAUAACACUUGUAUUUAAAUGGUUUGUUACAUAACACUAUAAAUUUAACAAUCUCACUGGUCUAUAGCACUAGCAUAGUGCUUGUCAAUAACACUAACAUCUAAAACAUAGUGUUGGUAUUUAACACUAGCAUUUAAACAUAGUGCUAGUAUUUAACACUAGACACUACACUAGAACUGAUUAGUAAUUGCCAGCAGUAAAGAACCAGACCAGCCUGUACAUUCGUAUAUAGCGCUGGUAAAGGGGGUUUAUUUGAUUUUCUUUCUUUACCACUACAUUUCAUAUAUAACAAGGGACACAACUCAAAGUAUUAUGAGUAAAUCUUUUCUUAAGGUACUUUAACAUAACAGAUAUACGUACGUAGCAUUUUAAAAUUAACUUCAUUUGAUAUCUUUGUAAAAUUCGUAUUUAAUAAUGCUAUUUUAAUUUAAUGAGUUAAAUAGACAAAUUGAAAUAAUACAAUCGUUACAAUAUACUACCUGGCGCUAGAACUAAGAAUGCUUAUAAGUACUACCCACGACUGGACGUGUACGACAGCGUGGGGAAGGAAGAACCUACCUUUUAUUCCUUUUGUAAAUUAUAUAUAGUGGUAAAGGGGAAAAUUGAGAGUAACUCCACAUUUUAAAAUUGCCAGAUUAAUAGUUUUGGAGAAAAUACCGGUACUGGGAAAGUUUUAUUAUAAACAGGCGUAGAUUUUAUACAUAACAAUCUGUAACGUCGAUCUGUGUUAAUAUUUAAAAAACAGAAAAAUAUGCAUGUUCUUUGUUAAUAAAUUAGCGUAUAUUUAAUAGAGAGAUCUGUAACGUCGCUCUGUGUCAAGAUUUCAGAAAUUUGUUUUAAUGUUUUAUGUUUUGUACAGUAAUGAUUCGCCAUCCACAAAUUACGAUUUUACUGUUGGAGUACUUCCUCUUUAAUACAUGUAUAUAUACACCAUGAUUUAUUGUCUCAUCGAUUUACUUGACCAAUAUAAUUUUACCAAAGUUGUUGAAUGCUGAUUUGUUUGAGUAGUUGUGUAUAUUUUUAUGUUAACAUGAUUCAUGUUUUUAUGUUAUAACUAACAUGAUAUAUAACAUAAUCUACACGACAGCCCAAAUCAAACAUGAUGUAUUUGUUAAAUUAACAAAUUUUCAUUAUAAAUAAUAUUCCGGGUAAUCAUCCAGUAUGAGAAGACAUCUUGACCUUAUUUAAGUUAUAUAUUAUAUUGUUCAGUUUUUUUGGACAUUUUUUCUUAGGUUGUUGUUUCUCUUUGUUUUUUUUAUUAAUAUUUUGACGUUUACUUUUUACAGAGCAGAUUUUCUUCUUAUGCACAUGUUUCAAAUGUACUGUAAAAAUUUGCCAAUAAAAUACUGAGUACGAAGUAUUUUUAAUAUAGUUUGACUUAAAUAUUCACACACAAAAACCAAAAACAGAUUUUUAUUUCAUAACAUACAAAACAAGUCUGAAAACUAUAUUUCUUGCUCAUUAAACAAGAACGAAUAUGUCUCUUUUUUACAAAUUUCAUUGAAUGUUAUGUACAGUGUAACCGGUGUACAGCGACCGUCUGAAUAACAACACCAUCUUUAGAAUAACAGUCUCAAAUCUUCCAAAAAGUAAGAUGUAACAAUAAAUUUAACCUACAUAUAGUAUCACUUUCAAUAAGAACCAAAAUCUAAGUCUCCCAAAGGAUCUUGCUCUUCAGAGGUUGUCAUGUUUUAUAAAUACUCAAGUAAACAAAAUCUUAAUUGGUUUACGUAAAUAAAAAACAACAAAUUACAAUGUUCUUAACUGUGGAAAAACAAAUCACAUGAUAUAUUAUCAACUGAAUGAUAAAGAGAGCAAAUAAAAUAACAGUAUUAUACAUUUUUUUCCAAAUACAUGUAUAACUUUUGUUCAAAACCUUGUUAAAUAUAUUGUUUAGCCUAUUAACCCUUUGUAACACAUUAUUUAAGUAAACCAUAUUAAUGUUUGUCAAUUUUUAUAUGAAUAAUGAAUGACGCGAGAAACGCCAUUGAAAAUUAUUUUCAAUGCCUUUUUUCUCUUUUUUUGUUGAUUUCUUACUUUAAGAAAAUAAUGUUAAUGAAUUGAAAGUUUUAUUGAAUGUAUGUCACAAUGUAUAAAUGAUAACAAAACUGAUAAUAAAUUGUUACAUUUUCCUA